AUGUGGAAAUCCGCGGUGAUUUCGUUGCUCUCCCUUGCAGGACCAUCUUUCGCCCAGUUUAACUCGCAUUGGGGCGGAUGGCACCCAGGCCCAAGUUCUAACCAUGACCAAAACAAUGCCAAAGUCAUUGAUCUCAGCGGAAAUGGCUGGACGCUCAAGAGCCAAAAUGGUAGCAUCUCCGUCCCAGCCAGCAUCCCUUCACAGCAAUACAUCGAUCUUUAUGCCUCCAACACCAUCGAUGACCCCCUCUACGGCCUGAAUAACGUCAACCUCGACUGGGUCCGCGAUCAAAACUGGACAUACUCGCGCAGCGUUUCACAGCUCCGCACAGGCGGUCCUCGGGGAGGAUGGCGUGGUGGACAGACGUCGACGUAUCUUGUGUUUGAAGGCUUGGAUACUUUCACGACGAUUACGUUCUGUGGCAAGGUUGUGGGGGCCACGGAAAACAUGUACAGGCAGUAUACGUUUGAUGUGACUGAUGUGUUGAGCUCUUGUCGGGGGGCGCCGCAGUUGAGCUUGAAUUUUGGUCCUGCGGUGCCGAUUACGCAUGCGAUUAGUGAGGGGCCGGAUCAGGAUGGCACUGUUAACUUCGCUGACAGCUGCAAUAACAGCACCGAUGCUGAACUGAGUUGCAAAGCCUACGCCAGGAAAGAACAGAAUGAUUUUGGAUGGGAUUGGUCGCCUGCAUUGGUUCCAGCAGGGCCAUGGAGACCGCUUUAUGCUGUUCAGAUCACGAGAAACCAGCUUUACAUUAACAAUGCGGCUAUUGAUAUCUACCGCAAGGGACAGCAGAAUAACCUUCCACCAGACCAGUCACAGCCAUGGAUCUUCAACGCUAGUAUCGACUUCACUGGCGACCUUCCACGCGGCUCGAGCAUGCAACUCACUCUUUCGGACCAAGGUGGUCGACAGAUCUUGCAGAAGAGGCUCGGUGGCGUCUACAGCUCGAGUAACACCAUUUCCGGCAGUACUACAAUUGAUCCAAGUUCAGUUCAACUUUGGUGGCCUAGCGGCAUGGGCUCUCAGCCGCUUUAUAACGCAAAAGUGGAUAUCUUGAGUGGAGGCGGGCGAUUUGGGAGCAACUCCAUUGCGAACGCUGAGCGACGAGUGGGCUUCCGAACGAUCGUGCUGAAUCUUGGUGCCAUCACACCUGAGCAGCUGGCACGUGGGAUUGGAGAUGGUGCGAACUGGCACUUUGAAGUCAACGGGAAGGAGUUCUACGCCAAAGGAUCUAACCUGGUGCCCCCGGACGUCUUCUGGCCUCGUGUAGAUGACGGAACGGUGCAGAAUCUUUUCCAGCUUGUCAAAGAUGCCAACAUGAAUAUGCUGAGAGUGUGGUCGUCUGGAGCGUACCUUGACGACUGGAUCUACGACAUUGCCGACGAGAUGGGCAUUUUCCUGUGGUCUGAAUUCGAAUUCACUGACGCCACGUACCCUAACAACGACCGGUACUUCGCAGAGUAUGAGGCUGAGGCAUACUACAAUGUCCGGAGAGUGAACUACCACCCAAGUCUGGCUCUCUGGGCAGGUGGCAACGAGUUGGAAGCCGUCAUCAACCAGUAUGGCAUCGGCAAGGAGAACUACGAGAUGAUCCAGCUGCAAAUCCUGAUCAAAUGUGUCUACGCCAACACCAAAUCCAUCAGCUACAUCCCCUCAUCGACAUAUAAUGGCUACAUAAGCCUCGACUUCAACUCUGUUCGCCCACAGACACCUCGCUACCUCAGCGGGACACCGGGAAACUUCUACAACGACACCGACACAUAUCAAUAUGACGCACCGACGCUGUUUGACUUCAACACCUAUCCGGAAGGUCGUUUCGCCGAUGAGUUUGGCUAUAUCAGCUUCCCGUCGAUCCAGACCUGGGAGCUCGAGGCACCGGAAAGCGAUCUCUAUGUUGAGUCGCCGACCGUGGUCAAUCAUAACCGUCAUGUUCCAUUCGGGGCUGCGGCCUCCGAUGACGUCCGAGUCAAUGCAGCCUUGCGUGUGAUCAGGGUUCCGGAGAGCCAGUCGUUGCAGGGAAUUCAUGAGAUUACGGCUUCCACGCAUUUGUAUCUUCCUGCGCCCAAUCUUGCGGAUUCGAAGGCGAACUUCACCGCCUGGUGUUACUCGACCCAGAUCAUUCAUGCCGAUGCGAUGGCACAUCAGAUUGCCUUCUACAGGCGUGGAUCUGGUAUGCCUGAACGAAACCUUGGCUCGCUGUACUGGCAGUUCAACGAUCUCUGGGCCGCACCAACAUGGGCCAGCGUUGAAGCCAGCGGCCGCCAGAAGCUUCUCUACUACACCGCCAAGGACAUAUUCUCCCCUGUCAUAGUCUAUCCUUAUUGGAACCGCAACACCACGGACCUCGCCAUCUACGUCACUUCCGACCUGCAAGAUUCUGUCUCCGGCACUAUGUCCUAUCAGUGGGUGGACUAUAAAGGCAACCCGCUCUCCGUUGGCGGUACCGUGACCAUCGAAGGCCACCGAAACGGCACUGGCAACAACGGCACUCAGCCUUCCCAGGCCAACCGCCUCAACUUCAACGUCGGCGCUAUCAACACCACCGAAGUUCUGCACUACCCCUCCCUUCAAACCACCUUCUCCAACUCCAACGUCAGCAUGGACAAUGCUGUACUCAUCCUCUCCAUCCAAGCCGGCCAAUACACCCACAAACAAUUCUUCCACCCGGCCAACCUCAUCGACGUCGACCUCCCCGACCCGGGCCUCACACUCCGCCAAAGCGGAAACGGCUUCACAGUCACGGCCACAAAGGGCGUCGCGGCGUGGGUCUGGUUGGAGUAUGACACGAAUGCUGUGCAGGGGAGUUGGAGCGAGAAUGGGUUCUGGUUGAAUAAGGGCGAGAGUAAGGAUGUGACUUUUACGGUGAUCAGUGGUGGCGGGGAUUGGGCGAGCUCGGUGAGUGUUAGGAGUGUUUGGGACAACUUGGGGAGGUGA